AUGUUUACAAUCGAAAUGUCGAUCGCUCAUUCAUUGACAGGGUCUGAACCCACUAAAAUGGCUCAAAAACGAGUUGCUAGCACCAUCAAGAUAGAGUAUCCAAGUGACAUGUACGGUGGUGGAACGGGUGGCACGGAGUAUGGAGUAGGCCUCGGACCCGGUCCUUCACAUUACGUUCCCCAAGCAUCAAGUCACAUAGCUUACCAAUUGGGAACGGCACCCCCACUAGUUGGGGGUCUACCACUUGGAGCUGGUGGGCCUCCUCCCGGAAGUCAGCUACUGUCUUACGGUCAAAACUUAUCACCGCAUCACGUACAACAGCCGCAAAAUGACUCGUCGCAGUCGAAAAGACGGAGAUCUGACGAAGAUGAUCCUAGUGGAGGAAAAUACCGAAGAAUGGAAGACGACAAUUUGCAGGACAAGGAAAGAUUUGCUAGCCGAGAAAAUCACUGUGAGAUUGAGCGUCGAAGAAGGAAUAAGAUGACAGCAUACAUUACUGAACUUUCCGAUAUGGUUCCAACAUGCUCAACUUUAGCACGGAAACCAGACAAAUUAACAAUAUUAAGGAUGGCAGUUGCUCACAUGAAAGCUCUCAGAGGUACAGGUAAUACCAGUGCUGAUGGAACUUAUAAACCUUCAUUUCUUACGGAUCAAGAAUUGAAGCAUUUAAUAUUGGAAGCUGCGGAUGGUUUUCUUUUCGUAGUAAGCUGUGAUACUGGCCGAAUAAUUUAUGUAUCAGACUCUGUUGCACCAGUUUUAAAUUAUUCCCAAAGUGAAUGGUACGGUUCAAGUUUAUACUCUCAAGUACAUCCGGAUGAUACGGAAAAGGUUCGUGAACAAUUGAGUGCUUCAGAACCUCAACAUGCCGCUUCUGUGAGACUGAGUAUGGGAUCGAGAAGAGGCUUUAUAUGUCGUAUGAAGGUUGGUAAUCUUCAGACCUCGGGCGAUAUGGCUGCUGCACAGGGUUUACAUCGUUUGAAACAGAGAAAUUCACUGGGACCACCGGCGAGAGAUGGACAAAGUUACGCCGUUGUUCACUGCACGGGGUACAUCAAAAAUUGGCCCCCCACUGGUGAUUUUGUUCCCCCGUGUGUACCAGGUGUGGGUUUAGGUGACAGAGGUGUUCAAGCUAGCGCGGAUGGUGUUGUUUCAGAAGAUGUUACCUCACAUUGCUGUCUGGUCGCUAUUGGACGAUUACAAGUUACUAGUACCCCAAAUACAAGUGAUUUGACUGGUGGUAAUAGCAAUAAUGAAUUUAUUUCACGGCAUUCUGCAGAAGGUAAAUUUACGUUUGUUGAUCAAAGGGUUGGUAAUAUAUUAGGAUACGUACCGACAGAUCUUUUAGGCCAUCAAUGUUAUGAAUUUUUUCAUCAAGAAGAUUUACCACAUAUGCGAGAAAGUUUUGAUCAAGUUUUAAAACUCAAAGGACAAGUAAUAUCUGCUGUAUAUCGGUUUCGUGCUAAAAAUCGAGACUGGGUAUGGUUGAGAACAUCUGCUUUUGCAUUUUUAAAUCCUUGCUCACAAGAAGUUGAGUAUAUCGUCUGCACAAAUACAACUGCUAAAUCACUUCAUCCUGCUAAUGAUACGCAAGUAGCAGCAACAGCACCAGCCCCUGCACCACCAGAAAGUGAACCGGUAACUCCUUAUGGUCAUCAUAGUUUGGAUUAUUCAUUGCAACGACAUCACUCUAGAGAACCAAUGUACCCUACUCAUCAUAUGAUGCAACAACAACAUCCAGUAGCUGUUGCAGCUAUUGCUUCAGGACCGCCACAACAGCCUAGACCAGCCAGCAAUCAAAAUCAAGUUUAUCAAGGAUAUGAAACAACUCAUUCACCAAUAACAUAUAAUUCACCUAAUCAACAGAAUUCUUCAUCAGUAUUAAAUCGAAUGCAAAAACCUGCUAAUACAUCACCAUCGCCAAUACAACAACCAUGGAAUAUUGGUCGACAACAGCCAGUAACAGAGGGAUAUCAAUACAGUCAAUUGAGUCCGUCUAGAUCGCCAAGUGGACCGACUUAUACACAAUUAAGUAGUGGCGCUAGAACACCCGCCUCACAAUACCAUUCAGUUACGACAGUGCCUAAUAAUCCAAGUAUGUGGGCUUGGCAAGCCCAACAGCAUCAAGCGCAACAACAAGAUGCUGGACAAUCUAAUCCACAAGUGACAGGUCAACCUCAAUCCUCACAUGGUCCUCAAGUUGGUCCUGGACCACACCAACCUCACCAACCUCAUCAGCCGCACCAGCCUCACCAACCUCACCAACCUCAUCAACCACAGGAGCUCUCUGAUAUGUUACAAAUGCUUCAAGAGCAAGGUGGAGCGUCUGGAUUUGAAGAACUAAAUAUGUUUAACACGAAUUUUGAGUAG